UUCUGUUUAAAUACAAACACGAUAGCCUCGGAAUCGUCUCAGUAUGUCCACAGUGUAGGUCACUAACUAUGAUUCGUUUAAAUAGCAAAAUGUAUAUUUUCUCAUCUAGGUUUGGGUAGCAGAAAUUUAAUUUAGUGUACAAUGCCCUGUAGCACGGUAGCAUUCCUUUCUAAUUGAUCUAUAUGUUGUGAAAGCGUUAUUUUCAGUGGUUCCUUAAUUUUGACUACACUUCUACUCUAAUUCUAAAUGCUAAAAAGUUAUUUUCGAUGGAAAGAGUUGGAUCUAGUUAAAUAGGAUUGCAUUAAUAGUUUGGAGUUCUUUUUGCUUGGAAAUUAAAAAACCAUGAAGGGAAAGAUGAACACAAGUAUAACACAGGGUAUAACAAAUAAGGGAAAUAAUUCAAACUUCAAGAAGGAAAACUGUGAGAAGAAUUCAGGUAGUCGAAAGUCUGGGGUUAAUGUUCUUGUAUUGGACAGUGCUCACUCAUGGUUAAUUUGUUUAGGAAAUUUCGUCAUUUUGACUUUAACGGCCAGUUUCUCACGUCUGAACCACAUGACCUUCCUAGACAUAGUGCAGAAGUUUGACGUGUCUAUAACAGCGGCCUCCAUUGGGUUCACUCUGCAGCUUGUGUCCCUUAGUAUAUUCUCUACAUUAGUGACAUCACUGAUAGUCCCAGCCACGGGCGAGAGGCUCUCCGGUUUGAUCGCCUCCUGCAUUAGCUGUCUGACCAUUUUCGGCAUUGGUCAUUCACCGAAUAUCGCAGUCUAUUUGCUCUGCAUGACCGUUAAAGGAGCAUGUAUAGCUGUGACCAAUGUUCCCUCCAUCGCCCUAAUCAGCAAGUACUUCGACAAGAGAAAAUCUUUAGCCACGGCGUUGGCUUGCAGCGGAAUGGCUGUUGGUUCAAUGGGAGCGCCGCCAUUGGUUGAAGUCAUGCUUCAAAAUUACGGGCUUCAGUGGACCUAUAUUCUCAUGGCAGCUCUUGAACUGAACGCCAUAUGGGCCGCUAUGCUGCUAAGGCCAACUAGCCGCUAUAAUAAAGUCAUGACUAAUGAGGAAUACAGACAAAUCAAGAGUGUUCAGGCUGAGGAAACUCCUGAAAACCUUGCUAUAGAGUUGCAUCCCUUGAAUGAGCCCCUGGCAGACGACACUAAAAAUCAGAUUGAAAACGCACGUGACGAACAGGAAAUCCCGAAAAACUCCCAUAAAUAUGUUGAUAAAGAUUGUGACUUCCUGUACGUUGAAAAUAUUAACGGAACAAUAUUUAAUUUUGAUAAAGAAACACAUUUGGAUAAGGAUUUAACACCCCGCACAAUCUCUACCGUGUCCAACGAAUCCAGUAAAAUACCAACAAUGGAAGAAUUUAUUAUUCCUAAUCUAAUACAAAUAGAUCCAAAUUUAAACAUACAAAAUGCAACAGUUGAAGAACAUAAUUUACAGAAUUCGACAAAAAAAUCAUUUACAGAAAGUGCCAAACUCAAUUCGGAAAUCUGUGAGAUCAACGGGACUUUUGGCCUGACAGACGAAUCAGUUCAUGGGAAUACCGAGUCUUCAACGAAAACUCCAAAGGAAGGGUCUAGAGUUAAAGCUGCCCUGUGCUCAUUAUCCAUGGGCAUCUACCAUGCUUUUAAUCUACAACUACUGAAAACAUGGUCAAUGCGCUGUCUGCUGUUCUACUGCGCGUCCGGGAUAAUCAUCAUGUAUGUGCCGGCAUAUAUGCCAACAAUAGCCAUUAAGAACCAGAUGAGUCCUGACCAGGUGUCUCUGUUGCUCAUCGCUGCCGGGGCGGUAGACUUCGUCGGCAGGAUCGCCAUUGGCGCCUUUGCUGACAUGAAAAUAUUGACAGCAUGCCAAAUUGUAGCUAUAUCACAGUUGAUCUUAGGUACAAUCUGCCAGUUUGCCGUUUACUACAAUACUUUUGGCACCUUGAUGUUUCUGUCAGUGAGCAGCGGUUUGUUCACCGGAAGCAGAACUGGCCUUGCCAGCAUCGUCUGCUACGAGUUCAUGGGGGCUCAGAAUUUGCUCAAGUCUUUUGGUGUUCAGACCAUGCUGGGAACGCUCUCGAUGGGACUUCACCAUCCUUUGUUAAGCUCAAUUCUCGAAGCCACCGACUCGUUUGCGUACCCUCUUCAUUAUGUUGGGGCCGCCACGUAUGUCAGCGCCAUCUUCAUCCUCCUGCAGCCAAUAGCGAAUCGUCAUGACAAAAGACGUGCUGCGAUUCAAGAACAACAACCCACAUGACAAGAACAGUAAUCACAAAGUUCAUAAAAAGUUUGCCAGAUUUUUAAAGGGACAUUGCCAUUUUUAUUUUGUAUUUAUUUUAAACUCAGGAAAUGUUGGGUCUAUGGAAUGCUGUGAUAAUUAUAUGUUGUUGUUGUUAAUGUUGUAUUAUCAUUAUUUUUAACAAUUCUCAGACGUUCCUUUAGAAUGUAAGAUUAUUACGUCCUAAGCCAAACAUCCAGUAGGACGUCAAGGGGCAACAGUGGGUAGGAUUCUAGCCCGUGAUCAUGAAACUGACGGUCCAAAGCGCCUACCACACAACCAGGAGCCAUCUUGCAUGAGCAUUAAAAACUAUACUAAAAAACUGUAUAUAGGCAGAAAUGUUAUAUAUGAGACGAUAUGAUAUGAGAGGAUAACUAUUUGAUACAUUGUACUCCGCAAUAAUAAUAAUGUCCCUUGCCAAGGACAAGAAUGAUAUAGGCCAGAUUUUCAAAAAUGUUUACAGUUGAUGCUCCCCCCCCCCAACCGAAAAAAAAAGCUAUUUUUCGCCUCCCCCCAUCCAGCUAGGGUCCCGAGCAUAGCCCCCCAACCCCCUCUCUUAAGUUUGUCAGGACGUCCCUACUUCCUUUUGAGAGCCUUUCGCCCCACAGCUUGAGAAGCGCUGAUAUAGGCCUAGUAUGUUGCUGGUGUAUUUUAAUUUUUACAGUAUUUCAUUUUCAUUGUUAGUCAUCUGUCCAAAGAAAGUCAUUGAUGAGCAGAAGGAAAAUAAGAAGACAAUGAGAAAAACUUUUGAACUCAAAAAAUAGACAAGCAAAAAUAAGACAAAAAAACAUAUUUUAAUUAAAGCUUAUCUAAGGGGAAGAACUCUGUAAUUACAACUAUAUCAUUUAAAAAUGUAGAAGUUAUUACACUUAUUCCAUAUCAAACAAAAUAAUUAGAAAUACCUGUAAUUCAUUGACUGAUUGGUGUAAUCUCCAAUAUGUUCAUGUCUUGUUAGGCUCAAUAAAUAAUUGUUUCAAGUUUCAUCUUGAUGCGUAUGGGAGAAAUAACGUGCACGGCUAUAAAAAGGAGACGAAACCCGACAUAUUUAGCCAUAUCUGUGAGUACUGAAGUUUCUCUUGUUGGGAUCAAACAACAUAAUUAAUCACCAGUAAUUCAUUGACUAAUUGGUUCGUGUAUUGUGUAAUGAAUAAUUGUGCAAAGUUUUAACUUGAUCCCAUGGGAGGGAAGUAUAUAUAUAUAUAUAUACAUAUACAGGUUGGUUUUUUUUUUUGUGACAGUACGCACCUUUUUCAAUGUGAGGAAAACGUAAUUACUUUUCUUGUAUUUUAACGUUUAUUAUUAAUAUAUUAGUAGUUAAAUGCUAGGCAAUCCAUUACUAAGUACCGGCACCUAUUUUUGUUUUACAAAAAAGCACUAUAUAUAUAUAUAUAUAUA